GCGAAGGCAUCUCCGGCUUGAUUCUACUUACGGGAACUGAAGGCAGGUCAGCUGGUCCCUUGCUAGAUGAGUGGCUACACGUGCCGUGUUUGGGCACCUGAGAGCUGUAUGUAGCCUACACGGCACCGGCUGUGCUCUGCUUUCUGGGAUCUCCGGUCAAAUAUACGGAAAUAACGAAGAUAAACUGGGCUCAGUGUCGUGUUGUAACUUAGUUUCAGCUGUUGCCUGCAGGGAGGGAAAGGCCUUGGAAAAAUGUUUUUCCCAUAGUUUUUUCUUUGAAGAAGCCCCAGUGGGAUCAGGGAAUCAGCUGGACCCUUCAACGUAAGACGUGUGGCUUGGGAUUCUGCCUGCCGGGAACAGUGAUCUGUUUGGGGAAAUCAGGAAUUCUGUCCUCUGAAAUCUUGCCGUGCGCACGGGAUGUCCUCACUGCGGGAGUGGUGUCAAGACUGAUGUGAGACGGUUGGUGGUUAUGGGUGAUGGCAGCGUAGGUUCAUGGGCCUCGCAGGUGAGCUGGGAAAUGAAGACGUUGAGGUCUGUGGUUCUCUCCUUGGCUUCUCUUUGGGCUCUCGCCUUGCUGGAAACUUCUCAGGUGAGAUGCCAGCAGGCUGUGCAGUUGGGAAUGGCACCCGACUCUUUCGAUGACCAAUACACCGGCUGCACUGAGGAAAUGGAAAGGGAUAUUGCACCUCGCCUGCUAGAGGAGGAAAAAGCCAGACACCCGCUGCUGGACUCUAUGUGGGGAAACCUAUCGGCUGUUUGGGCAAUUAAGAAGAAAAGGCUUUCUGUGCCCGAGGGCUUUAGGGAUGAACAUGGCAUAGCCAUCCUGGUCUACACUGACUCCUCCAAGCCACUGUACUGGGAGUUGAACAAGGCAGUGAGAGAGGCUGGGGUCUCCCAAGAUAACUACAUGAGCAAUUUCCACUUCAAAGCUCUCCAUUACUAUCUGACGAGAGCCCUGCAGCUCUUACGGGCUGACUGUGGCCAGCUGUUCAGACGCCAGCUGUUCCGGGGAGUCCGAUCCAUCCGCUUCGAGCCCAGCGGGGCAGGUAUGUUCCGGUUCGGACAGUUCACCUCUUCCUCGCUGGACGUGGCUUUAGCUCGGAGUUACGGCAACGCCACGUUCUUCACCCUGCGCUCCUGCUUCGGCGUCCUCAUCGAGUCGUUCUCCGCCAUCCCUUCCGAGCGAGAAGUGCUGAUCCCCGGGAGCGAAGUGUUCAACGUCUCCAGCUUCUCCCGGGAGGGGAACCGCAGCGUCUUCCUCCUGCACAGCAUGAACCGGACCUGCAGCCAUUACAACUGCGCCUACCUUGGGGGUGAGUGCCGGCCCGCGCUGGAACGGGAGCAAGCCAGGCUCGGCCACCUCGGAACGGGGACAAGCCAAUCGCAGAGGAACCCGUUAAAUGGUUGGCUCAGAUGUGACCCACAUCUUAGGAGAGAAGUCUCCAGAAUGUGUUGACAACACAGUUGCAGGUAGGAGCGUCAGGGUGUCCGGCAACACGAGCCCUGCGUUCGUCGGUGGAAUUGUCCUGGUCAACAUUGCUGCUCAGAAACUCUUCGCCAAUUUCAAACUCAUCUUGAUUUUGUAAAAAAAAAAAAAA